AUGAGGUGUGAAAAGCACUGCACGGAUCUAAGUAGUGUCUCCGGCGUCUGCGCUUCUUGUCUCCGGCAACGCCUAUUUAGGCUAAUUGUUGCUCAGGAACAAGCGCAGGCCCAAUCACUAGCAGGAAACACCUGUAAUUCGGACACAAAACCGGCGUUACAGUGUUCUGUUUCUCCGUUCAUCAGCCGUCAGAAGUCUGAGAACUCGGGGGCUCCCGUCGCAGCGGUCCAACGGCCGUAUAACAAGCCUCGCCUUAAUCAUAGCCUCUCGGAUCAAAGAUUCUACAACUCGCCGCAGAUAGUGCUUAAUACUGGAGGUUGCAUCGGUGGUGCUUCAUCCCAUAAGAAGAAACAGAGUUUAAUUAGGUUAUCUUCAAUUUCGAAUUUGUUCAGAUCUAACAAUCGAAACGGAGAUGCAGAUUCGGAUCAUAGAUUUUCGGUUUCGAGUUCUAAGGAAUCGUCUGGUGCUGCUGGCAAUCCGACGUCGUUGACUUCAUCUCCUUCGUGGUUCUCGAACGUUCUUCCAGGUGGUGGUGCUGCUGCUGGCCGCCAGAAGAUGAAAUCGUGUUACGUCGACGAGUCUUCAACAAUCGCCGCUACCGGCGUGGUACGGAAGCAGCGGUACGUUCGAGAUCGCGGAAUGUCGCCUGCUGGAUCUUCUGAUGACGAAUUCAACGAUGCAUCAAGUGAUUACGAAUCGGCAGAGUCAUGUAAACAGACACCACGGAGAAAUCCGGCUCAUCAUACAAUCCGACCUGCCGGCGUUAACAGGAGUGUUUCUGGAUUGAUUUUCUGUUUGAGUCCAUUAGUGCGUGCGAGUCCUAACCGGUUAUGGAACAACAAAGGAAAGCCACCGGCGGAAGCAGGCGGUGAUUCCAGACCUCCGGUGGUGCCUCAUCUCUCGUACACCAAGUCGUUCUGCGCCAACAGAUCACGGAAGCUCGCCGACUUCGGCAGGUCCGAUCCAAAGCGUUGA